AUGUUUUGGAGACUCCGCAGCAGCAGCAGCAGCAGCAGAAGUAGCAGUAAAUCCAGUGCAUCUGCGGCUGCUACAGGCCGCAUCGACGCGUCGCAAAGGUCGUCCCAACAAGCCCCGAAUGCGGCGGAUACAGCGGUACUUUCUGCUCCUUCCCACGUGCUCUCAGAGCAACGGCGCAGCGACUUGUUGCUGGCAGCUCGCACGACUCGCACGUCGUGGGUCGACAACGUCGAUGCCAUUCGUGACGCCACAUCGCAGUUCAGUCCUUUGUGUGGCGCUUGGAGCUCCGUGGAGACCGCUUCACCAUCCAGCGCUUGGCUUGCAGCUCUGGACGAUCUUCACAACGAGUUCUCGAGCUUUUUCACGACUUUGGACGAACUGAAGCGUCAACUGCUGCCGAAGGACUUGCAGUUGGAGAAGGAAGAAGAAGCUGAAGACGAAAUAGGAGCUGCUGGUGGUGGUGUUCCUGGUGGAAGUAUACAAAGGUUGUCCCGGAAGUACGUGACGCUGUUCCAAGAGCUGAGCGAGCAGAAGCCGCUGCUGGAUCAAUGGCAGCACUCGCACAGUCCACAGACGAGCACGUUGACAAGACACGGUCGCGAUAUGUGUUUCUUGCUGGCCUUCCGGGAGCUCUUAGCGCUGCUGAAGAACACACGGGCGGCGGACUUGGUGUACCGCAUUCAAUCGUUUGUCAAGAAAGCGGAGCAAUGGGAUCUGCCUCAGAUGAUGGCGACAAGAGACCGACCGGGUGGAAAGAUCCAAGAUUUUAUCAACAAACUCGUCGAGCAGAUCAAGCACGACAAGGUACUGACAGCGCUGAUGCAAGGAGACGCAGAUGACGAAGAUGCGCAACAGGUCGACAAGUACCUGCAGGUCCGUGAUGCCUUUGGGGUGGACUUGCUGCACGAAGUGCUGGAAGCUUUCUUGAUGGAAAAGCUGUACGUGAAAAUGCUUACACCGUCGCAUCAAGUGGCAGAGCAGGACGAUGCGUUUCAUGAUCGUAUCGCUUUGCUGGCGUUUGUUACGUUCAAACAUCUGGAUUUACCCGAGCCAGAGACGGACGAGCAAGCUCAGACGUGGCUACGUCUGGCGACGCAGCUGGAAGCCGCGACGCUGUACCCAAGUCCACGGCGUAAGAUGGAUGGUGUUUUGCGUGUGUGUCAAGACCUGACAUCAUUCCUGAAGAUGCAGAACGGCGACAGAUUCCCGUCGGCAGACGAUUUUUUGCCCGCGCUGAUCUAUGUAGUUUUACAUGCAAAUCCGUGCGAGCUCAAGCGCAACGUGGCUUACAUCCUGGAGUACCGCAAUCCUUCCAAGUUGGUUUCGGAGCCAGGCUAUUUCUUCACACAUCUGGUAUCAAGUAUUGCCUUCCUGGAGGAAGUUGACUGCUCUCGACUGACCAUUUCGGCCGAAGAGUUUAGUGAAGGACUGCGUCGAAGCACGAAGGGUGUCACGUUAAGCGAGGAGUGUCGUGAACUGGACCUUGGUGAAGCAGAUGGUGCUUGCGACAAUCGUCGUUUCGAAGGCGGCAACGCUGCGACAGCUGAGCGCCGAAAUCAAAUGCCUACAACUUCCGUAUCCCGUGGUCGUAAUGUCGACAACCACAGAGCAUCGCUGGGACUUCCUACCGUGCUUGAUAUUCGUGCCAAACGCCUAAGCUUGAUGGCUGACCACCCGAUGCGAGGUAGCUUGAUUGCUUCCUCGCGAUUCGCUGACUCUGCUGCGAUAGUCUUUGUGUAUGAGGUGCAACAAUUGUCGUGCUGUAAAGGCUGA